UUUGCGUAACAUAAACAAUUUUUAAUAAGUUAACUAGAAUAAUUAGUUGAAAUACACUAAAGUUUAACCAAUUUUUAACAAUGAUGCCUACAAGCAUUGUAACUAAUAUGUGGUUAAAAUUAUUGGUGAUUAUUUCAUUUGCUUAUUCAAGUAAUUCAGAAAUAAAUCCAUCUGAAUAUAUUGAUUGUAUGGAAAAUCCUUAUAAUGAUAAGUGUAGAUUUGCUUUAUCAGAGCCUUAUAGAUAUGUUGCGAAUUAUAAUGACAGUGAAAUAAUAUUACCAGGUUGCAAAGCUGAAAAAAUUUUCUUGUUCAUCAGACAUGGAACACGAUUACCAGAUCCAGAGGUUCUUGUAGUAAUGGACAGACUUCCAAUUCUACAACAAAAAAUUCUCAACUACUGCAAUGAAGAGAGUUCAUCAUGUUACUUGAAUGAAAAACAAUUACAAGAUUUAGCUGAUUGGAAAUUCGUUAAAAUUCCUAUAGAGGAUAAUAUGCUUUUGGUUGAAGAGGGUCAGAGAGAACAUGUUGGAUUGGGAAAACGAUUUCAGUCAAGAUUUCCUGACUUGAUGCCAGAAGAAUAUGAUAAUACCAUUUAUCAAUUUCGAACCACUAAUACUCAACGAACACGGGAAAGCGGAAGACAAUUUACGAUUGGUCUAUUUGGUGAGCAACAAAGUAAUGAAGUUGAAUUUCCUGAACCUCGAGAUAAAGAUCCAGUACUCAAUUUCUAUGAAGUGUGUGAUAGAUGGAUAAAAGAAGUAGAACAGAACCCCGAAACCUAUGUAGAGUAUGAAAAAUUCAAGGCUGGUGAAGUAGUACUAUCAAUGCUGAUAGAUUUCACUGAACGACUAGGAUUUAGAGUUACUUUUGAUGAUGUGAACGCUAUGUAUUCAAUGUGUCUCUUUGAAGUUGCUUGGGAUGAACAAGUAACAGCUCCCUGGUGUCCACUUCUAACUUCAGAAGAUCUUGAAAUUAUGGAAUUCUCUGAAGACCUAAGAUACUUUUACACUGAUGGAUAUGUAUACCCACUAACAGCGCAGCAAGUAUGUCCAGUUAUGGUUGACAUGUUUCAAUUUUUCAGAUCAAAUGAUACCUUCAGAACAAUGGCCUCUUUUACUCACUCAGAAGCUGUAUUAAAAGCGUUAACGUUUUUGGGAAUAUAUAAUGACAAUAAAACAUUUUAUCAUGAUUCAUUUGAAUCAUCAAGAGAUAGAUUAUGGCGAGCUAGUCUUAUUGAUGCAUUUGCAUCAAAUAUUGCUUUCGUAUCUUACAACUGUGAAUCAAGUGGGCAAAGUAUUCUGUUUAUGCACCAAGAACGUAUUGUAACUAUUCCUGGAUGUCCUGAAGGCGUUCCAUGUCCUUUAAAUAUAAUGGAAGAGAAAUUUCCUGAUAAUGAUGAGGCGUGUGAUUUUGAUAAUCUAUGCUUCGUCUAACGAGAAUUAACUGCUCCAAAAUAACAAAGAUGAAGCAGAAUUAAUAUUCUAAAGAUGACAAGCAGAAGGACAAGACUGUAGAGAAUAGAACAUGAGUAGCUAAGAUGGCAUUUCAGGAAUGUAAUCAUCAAUUGGAUUUUACGGAGAUUGUACCCUACAUAUACAUGAUUUCCAUCUGUUGUUUAUAUAUGCUAUUUUGUAUCCAUAUUUGCACCCACACGAAUCAUCGGAAAUGAAUGGUUUAUUUACAGAUUUACUGUAUUCGUGUAAAUUUUAAAAAGUCACAUAAAAUACAUUAUUAAUACUUUACGUAAAUUAUUAUUGAUAAUGUAUAAAUAUCGUAAUUAAAAAAA